AUGUCGGCCGGGGACAAGAACGGGGGCAGCCGCUCCAGCAGCAGCAGCCGCCUGCAGAGCAAGAAGCCCCCGAACCUGUCCAUCGUCAUCCCGCCCCGCGAGACCGAGGAGGAUGGCGCCCGCAAGGAGGUGAGUGCUGCAGCUGUGCCCAUGCCACGCCGGGCCUGGGGGGCUGCCAGGUGCCACCGUGUCCCGAUGCCCCCCUGCUCUGCCUUGCAGCCCCACAAGGUGCCCGUGUACCGCAAGAGCAAGAGCCUGCAGGAGCCGCGCCCGGAGCGCCGGCCCGGCUUCCGCCGGCAGACAUCCCUGUCGCAGAGCAUCCGCAAGGGCACGGCGCAGUGGUUCGGUGUCAGCGGUGACUGGGAGGGCAAGCGGCAGCAGUGGCAGCGCAAGAGCCUGCAGCACUGCAGCAUGAGGUACGGCAAGCUGAAGCCCGCCUAUCGCGACAUGGAGCUGCCCAGCCAGGAGGUGCCCUCCUUCCAAGCCACCGAGUCACCCAAGCCCGCCAAGAUGCCCAAGAUCGUGGACCCGCUGGCCAGGGGCCGUCCCUUCCGCCACCCCGACGACACCGACCGUCCCCACACGCCCCACCACGUGCUGCCCCCGCUCACCCCCGGCGUGGUGUCCUUGGCGUCCUUCAACAGCAUCCGCUCGGGCUACGGCCGCCUGCCGCGCAGGAAGAGGGAGUCUGUGGCCCACAUGAGCUUCAAGGCGGCCGCAGCCCUCCUGCGUGGGCGCUCUGUCCUGGAGCCACUGGCUCCCAAGCAGAGGAGCAAGAGGAGCUUCCUGUACCCCAGCUUCAUGGACGAGGACAUGGUGGAUGCUGCUGAUACCCUGGACUCGUCCUUCUUCAGUAAGAUGGACAUGCACGAUGAGACGUACUCCAUGCCCGAUGACGUCUUUGAGUCGCCUCCUCUCUCAGCCACGUACCUACGCAUGCACCAGGUGGCAGAGGAAGCCAGGGUGUCCCCUGAGGUGGAGCAGCCCACCCCGCGGGAGGGUGCCCGGCUGGCCUCGGUGCCGGGCGCGGCUCCGCGGCGGGGCAGGCGCAUCGCCUCCAAGGUGAAGCACUUCGCCUUCGACCGCAAGAAACGCUACUACGGGCUGGGCGUGGUGGGCAAGUGGCUCAACAGGACGUACCGGCGCAGCCUGAGCAGCAUCGUGCAGUCCCAGCUGGAGAUCACCGACAGCCACCGGCCGUAUUUCACAUACUGGAUCACCUUUGUGCACAUUCUCAUCACCCUGCUGGUCAUCGGCACCUACGGCAUCGCCCCCAUCGGCUUCGCCCAGCACGUGACGACAGAGUUAGUGCUGAGGAACAAGGGUGUCUAUGAGAGUGUCAAGUACAUCCAGCAGGAAAACUUCUGGAUUGGGCCUAGCUCGAUCGACCUGAUCCACCUGGGCGCCAAGUUCUCGCCGUGCAUCCGCAAGGACCGGCAGGUGGAGCGGCUGAUCCAGCGCGAGCGGGACCGCGAGCGGAGCUCCGGCUGCUGCGUGCAGAACGACAACUCCGGCUGCAUCCAGACCCUGCCCCAGGACUGCUCGGAGACACUGGCAACGUUCAUCAAGUGGCCAGGCAGCAAUGCACCAGCCAUGGGCUCGGGAGAGAAGAGGACCUCGGGGGCUGUGUGUCACCAGGACCCCAGGACGUGUGAGGAGCCUGCGUCCAACCCACCCCACGUGUGGCCAGACGACAUCACCAAGUGGCCGAUCUGCACCUACGAGACCAAAACCAACCACACGGGCUUGGCCCACCUGGACUGCGAGAUCAAGGGCAGGCCCUGUUGCAUCGGCACCAAGGGCAGCUGUGAGAUCACCACGCGGGAGUACUGCGACUUCAUGCACGGCUACUUCCACGAGGAGGCAACACUCUGCUCGCAGGUGCACUGCCUGGACGAGGUCUGUGGGCUCCUGCCCUUCCUGAACCCGGAGGUCCCUGACCAGUUCUACCGCCUGUGGCUGUCCCUGUUCCUGCACGCCGGCAUCAUCCACUGCCUGGUGUCGGUGACAUUCCAGAUGACAGUGCUGCGGGACCUGGAGAAGCUGGCGGGCUGGCACCGCAUCUCCAUCAUCUUCAUCCUCAGUGGCAUCACGGGCAACCUGGCCAGUGCCAUCUUCCUACCCUACAGGGCAGAGGUGGGCCCUGCCGGCUCCCAGUUCGGCUUGCUGGCCUGCCUCUUCGUGGAGCUCUUCCAAAGCUGGCAAGUGCUGGAGAAACCCUGGAAAGCCUUCCUCAACCUCUUCGGCAUCGUCCUCUUCCUCUUCAUCUGUGGCCUCUUGCCCUGGAUCGACAACAUUGCCCACCUGUUUGGUUUCCUGAGCGGGCUGCUGCUGUCCUUCGCCUUCCUGCCCUACAUCACCUUCGGCACGGUGGACAAGCUGCGCAAGCGCGCCAUGAUCAUCGUGUCCCUGCUGGUCUUCCUGGGGCUCUUUGCCUCGCUGGUGGUGUGGCUCUACGUGUACCCCGUCAACUGGCGCUGGGUGGAGUACCUCACCUGCCUGCCCUUCACCAGCAAGUUCUGCGAGAAGUACGAGCUGGAGCAGGUCCUGCACUGA